AUGUAUCUAUCUCUCUCAAUAUGUUGGCUAUCUAUCUAUCUGUCAAGGUCUAUUCCUUAUCUAUCUAGGUCUGUUCGUUAUCUAUCUAUCUAUCUAUCGAUCUAUCAAGGUCUAUUCCUCAUCUAUCUAGGUUUGUUCGUUAUCUAUCUAUCUAUCUAUCUAUCUAUCUAUCUGUCAAAGUCUAUUCCUUAUCUAUCUAUGUCUGUUCGUUAUCUAUCGAUCUGUCAAGGUCUAUUCCUUAUCUAUCUAGGUCUGUUCGUUAUCUAUCUAUCUAUCUAUCUAUCUAUCUAUCUAUCUAUCUAUCUGUCAAGGUCUAUUCCUUAUCUAUCUAGGCCCGUUCUUUAUCUAUCUAUCUAUCUAUCUAUCUAUCUAUCUAUCUAUCUAUCUAUCUGUCAAGGUCGAUUCCUUAUCUAUCUAGGUCUGUUCGUCUGUUCGUUAUCUAUCUAUCUAUCUAUCUAUCUAUCGAUCUAUCAAGGUCUAUUCCUUAUCUAUCUAGGUCUGUUCGUUAUCUAUCUAUCUAUUUAUCUAUCUAUCUAUCUGUCAAGGUCUAUUCCUUAUCUAUCUAGGCCCGUUCUUUAUCUAUCUAUCUAUCUAUCUAUCUGUCAAGGUCUAUUCCUUAUCUAUCUAGGCCCGUUCUUUAUCUAUCUAUCUAUCUAUCUAUCUAUCUAUCUAUCUAUCUAUCUGUCAAGGUCUAUUCCUUAUUUAUCUAGGUCUAUUCCUUAUCUAUCUAGGUCUGUUCGUUAUCUAUCUAUCUAUCUAUCUAUCUGUCAAGGUCUAUUCGUCUGUUCGUUAUCUAUCUAUCUAUCUAUCUAUCUGUCAAGGUCUAUUCGUCAUUUAUCUAGGUCUGUUCUUUAUUAUCUAUCUAUCUAUCUAUCUAUCUAUCUAUCUAUCUAUCUGUCAAGGUCUAUUCCUUAUCUAUCUAGGUAUGUUCCUUAUCUAUUUAUCUAUCUAUCUGUCAAGGUCUAUUCCUUAUCUAUCUUGGUCUGUUCGUUAUCUAUCUAUCUAUCUAUCUAUCUAUCUAUCUAUCGAUCUGUCAAGGUCUAUUCCUUCAUUUAUCUAGGUCUGUUCUUUAUUAUCUAUCUAUCUAUCUAUUUAUCUAUCUAUCUAUCUAUCUAUCUAUCUAUCUGUCAAGGUCUAUUCCUUAUCUAUCUAGGCCCGUUCUUUAUCUAUCUAUCUAUCUAUCUAUCUAUCUAUCUAUCUAUCUAUCUAUCUAUCUAUCUAUCUAUUCUAUUCCUUAUCUAUCUAGGCCCGUUCUUUAUCUAUCUAUCUAUCUAUCUAUCUAUCUAUCUAUCUAUCUAUCUAUCUGUCAAGGUCUAUUCUUAUCUAUCUAGGUCUAUUCCUUAUCUAUCUAGGUAUGUUCCUUAUCUAUUUAUCUAUCUAUCUGUCAAGGUCUAUUCCUUAUCUAUCUUGGUCUGUUCGUUAUCUAUCUAUCUAUCUAUCUAUCUAUCUAUCUGUCAAGGUCUAUUCGUCAUUUAUCUAGGUCUGUUCUUUAUUAUCUAUCUAUCUAUCUAUCUAUCUAUCUAUCUGUCAAGGUCUAUUCCUUAUCUAUCUAGGUCUGUUCGUUAUCUAUUUAUCUAUCUAUCUAUCUAUCUAUCUAUCUGUCUAUCUAUCUAUCUAUCUAUCUAUCUAUCUGUCAAAGGUCUAUUCGUCAUUUAUCUAUCUGUUCUUUCUAUCUAUCUAUCUAUCUAUCUAUCUAUCUAUCUAUCUGUCAAGGUCUAUUCUAUCUAUCUUGGUCUGUUCGUUAUCUAUCUAUCUAUCUAUCUAUCUAUCUGUCAAGGUCUAUUCGUCAUUUAUCUAUCUGUUCUUUAUUAUCUAUCUAUCUAUCUAUCUAUCUAUCUGUCAAGGUCUAUUCCUUAUCUAUCUAGGUCUAUUCCUUAUCUAUCUAGGUCUGUUCGUUAUCUAUCUAUCUAUCUAUCUAUCUAUCUAUCUAUCUAUCUAUCUAUCUGUCAAGGUCUAUUCGUCAUUUAUCUAGGUCUGUUCUUUAUUAUCUAUCUAUCUAUCUAUCUAUCUAUCUAUCUAUCUAUCUAUCUGUCAAGGUCUAUUCCUUAUCUAUCUAGGUCUAUUCCUUAUCUAUCUAGGUCUGUUCGUUAUCUAUCUAUCUAUCUAUCUAUCUAUCUAUCUAUCUAUCUAUCUAUCUGUCAAGGUCUAUUCGUCAUUUAUCUAGGUCUGUUCUUUUAUUAUCUAUCUAUCUAUCUAUCUAUCUAUCUAUCUAUCUGUCAAGGUCUAUUCCUUAUCUAUCUAGGUCUGUUUCGUUAUCUAUUUAUCUAUCUAUCUGUCAUCUAUCUUUAUCUAUCUAGGUCUAUUCGUUAUCUAUCUAUCUAUCUAUCUAUCUAUCUAUCUCUCUAUCUGUCAAGGUCUAUUCGUCAUUUAUCUAGGUCUGUUCUUUAUUAUCUAUCUAUCUAUCUAUCUAUCUAUCUGUCAAGGUCUAUUCCUUAUCUAUCUAGGUAUGUUCGUUAUCUAUCUAUCUGUCAAGGUUUAUUCCUUAUCUAUCUAGGUCUGUUCUUUAUCUAUCUAUCUGUCCUGGUCUGUUCGUUAUCUAUCUAUCUAUCUAUCUAUCUAUCUAUCUAUCUAUCUAUCUAUCUGUCAAGGUCUAUUCCUCAUCUAUCUAGGUCUGUUCGUUAUCUAUCUAUCUAUCUAUCUAUCUAUCUAUUUCUUAUAAUGGUCGACUCAUUAAAAGUCAUGUUACUAUUUACUUUUUGUCAUGUGGCUGCUUUACUGAACUCGCCACUAGAUGUUUGGCGCCCGUGGGGAGACAACGAGUCCACCAGGGACAAAACACCAGACAAUGACCUUCCAACUGGUAAAAUAUUUGCUUGGGUGAAAGCAUUUGAUGGCAAAAUGAUCCUACAAUCAACACUGGCAGUAGACCAAGAGAAAUCGUGCCAAAACCUUCAAAUAGCGUCUGCGCCAAUUCACAUUACAGAGAACAAAAUAUGCAAUCAAUCAUUUAGCAGAACAUUUUGA